UUGGUUUCAGUGACUAAUGCUCCCAAAAGGUCUAUGCACCAAUCUUUAGGUAGUUGUGUUGUUUUCCUCCUGAGAAGCCUUUAAAUCAGAUUUUUUUUCUGCGAUGGAAGAUAGGCAAGAGAUUUUAAAGCAGGCAGCGGAAGACGGUAGCCAACAAGAGGGAGAUAAAAAUUCUGAAGAAAAGACUCCGAAAAGGAUCAUAUACUUUGCAAGUGGUGAAUCUUUGGAAGAAUUCAGCUCAGAAGAGGAAGAUCAAGAGGAGGACAUCCAUGAGCCACUUGACACUGCCAAUCUCUCCUGGGGUGCUUUCCUGCAAUUUUGGGCACUGCAAGUUGCAGCAUUUUCUUUUUUGACUUGUGAAUUUCUUGGUGGGAAAUUGGCCACAUUAUUUGGACUUGACCAACCCAAAUAUCAGUAUGCAAUCGAUGAACACUACAGGACUCAGAGAAAGCAGUGGGAACACAGCACGGAAGGAGAUGCACUGUUUAUACUACUACCACCCAGCUCCAAGACCAUCUGUUUUGAAGCAGCGGUCCUCCUCCAGCAUACCUGCACCAACUCUAAAGAAAAUGAGAGUGAUGAAGAUGGUGAAGAGAUGGUAGAGAUGGAGGGAGCUGCUGCACUGGAUGAAAAACAGCACCUGGAGAUGCAGAGCAUAGGAUACGGGUCCCUUCAUUGCAAAGACACAUCUGUAUUUUGUCAGAGAGACACUUAUACAAAUGUCAUUGAACAUGGAGACUGUAGCUUGGCAGAUCAAAAGAGUAAUCCAGUCCCAGGAAAGUAAGAGCAGUGUCUGAGUCACUACACUUGCCCUGGCAACAACGUACAUUCCAAAAGAAAAGAAUACAUUGUUAGCUACUCAGGAAGUGAUGUCAGAAUGACCUUAGAAGCAGUUUUCAUACUGCAUUUGGCAAGGAUUCCUCAAUGAAAAAAUGAGCAAUAGCAGAUAAGCUUUCCUAAAAGACCAUUUCUCCUUAUUACUGUGUCCUCAAAUGUUGUGUGGCUACUAAGACAUACUGAGUAUGUUUUAAGGUACAAUCUCAGUUCAUGUAGGAUAAGAAUGAGAUGCAGGAGGCCUGCUCACUACCUCCUCUCAAUGAACUGCAUGCAUCCAGGAUUAUAUGUAAUAUGCAAGCCUUCUUCAGAAGAUAAAUGGAUAGGCAAAGGCAGAAUUUUUUUUAAAAAAAACUACAACAAUGAAGGAAGUAGGUUCUCUUUUUGCCAAAACUAGGUCACAGAUUAUGUGUGUGUUUGUAUGACAGAGAGAAAGAGAGAGAAUGAACCAUGAAAAUAUAAUGACUUUCUCUGCAUCAUAUGUUUUAUACUUUGUGGUAGUUCUUUGUGGAUAUUUGGAAUGUUGAGAAAUGGAAUGUUGUACUUAAAUUGUGAUGUAAUUUGAUUUGAAUGUAGUAAUCAGGUUGUUCUGAAAAGGAAUCUGCAGCAUGUGAGAUGUAGCAGUAUGUUAGUAGGUUUCAGUGGCAUGGCAGAUCAAUUAGGGCUAAACUACACAUUACUGUUUUUCAAGAGAUGGGACAGAGUUCCUUGGACCCAACUCAGGUUCCGUGCAGCCACAUAGCAGCUGUGGAGAAUGGCUUCUUUUUGAAAAAAGAAGCGUUGAAAUGGGUUCAGAAUGCCACCACUGGGGAGCAAAGGCUUCUGCCUUCCCCUUCCUCCCCAAGCCAUUUUCCUGCACAAAAACAGCAUUGAGGAGGGGAGUUAUUUCCCUAUUUUUGCUGCUCCAUGUGGAAUAUUCUGUGCAAACGGAUAAGCAAAAAUGAUUAAAUAAUCCCCCCCAGCUCAAACCAGUUCAAUGCAUCGAUGACUGCAACCUAUGCUAGACAGAUACUGCUCUCUCACAGGCAUUGGGAGGCAAACCUUUUCUUGUCCAUAGAUAGCCCUCCCCAACCUAAAAACCCCUCACGUAUAACAAAGCAUGUCCCAACAUGGACAUAAAUUCUGGGUCCAGAGUCUGCAAUAAACCAAGAUGUCAACUCUGUCCCCAUAUUUACUCCAACAGCACAAUCAUUGGACCCAACAACACCAGCUAUAUCAUCUCAGAUUCAUUCACUUGUUCAUCUUCCAAUGUUAUAUAUGCCAUCAAAUGUCAACAAUGCCCUUCAGCUCUAUAUAUUGGACAAACAAUAUACAAAAGUAUGAAAGGACAUAAAUCGGAUAUCAAAACCCACAAUAUUUAAAAACCAGCAAGAGAGCAUUUCAGUCUGCCAGGACACUCCAUCACUGAUCUCAGAGUAGCACUUCUCAAGCUGAGAAACUUCAAAGGAAAAUUGCAACUAGAGAUGGCUAAACUUGAGUUUAUUUGCAAAUUUGGAACAAUAGAACCUCCAGGGUUGAAUAGGGACAUAGGAUUUUUGUCACAUUACAGAUGGUAAUUUUACACACUUUGCACCUAUGUCCUAUCAACAUAAUUACAACAUGUAUUAUAGCUAGCUUCCUGACAAUCUAAUUUGCAAUACCCCUCCAUUACUCUCCCUGGAUUUUAAAGUCUCCUAUCCUUUUCCCCUUCAUGUGUCUGAUGGAGAUUUGACUCUUGAAAGCUUACACCCUGGAAAUCUAGUUGAUCUCUAAAGUGCUACUGGACCUGAAUCUUGCUCCUCCUCAGCAUUGUUUCCACACAAGAAAAUGGCUUGGGCAGGAGCCCUUCCUCCCUAAUGCAUGAGUAGGUCCUGGGAAGACUCCAUUUGAAGCCAACUGGGUGACCUUGGAUCAGUCACAGCUCUCCAGAGUUCUCUCAGCCCCACCCACUCACAGGGAGAUUGUUGUGGGGAUAAUUACUUUGUAAACCACUCUGAGUGGGUGUUAAAUAAAUUGAAUGUUAUUGUUGUUGUUGUUA